AUGGCCCGUAACUCGGAAAAGGCCCAGUCUAUGCUGUUUCGCUUCCGCGAAGCCCAAGCAGCAGACCUAGGCAUCAUCGACGCCGGCCGCACCCGCCGACCCAAGCUCAUCACCGAAGUAGCUGCCAUCCCAGCCUGCGAAAAAUGGCGCGGUCAGGUCUUGAAGGAAAUCUCGCGCAAGAUGUCACGCAUCCAGGACCCCAUCCUCAGCGACUACCAGAUCCGCGACCUCAACGACGAAAUCAACAAGCUCAUGCGCGAAAAACACAUGUGGGAGAUCCAGAUACGUAACCUAGGCGGACCGAACUACAUGCGCGGCGGCGGCAAGAUCUACGAUGAGCAAGGUCGUGAAAUACCUGGCGGUGGAAAGGGUUACAAGUACUUUGGUCGUGCGAGGGAACUUCCUGGUGUUAAGGAGCUUUUUGAGGCGGCGAGGAAUCAGGGUGAUGAGAAGCCGCUUGAGGAGAGACAUGAUAUGAGGAGGAAUGUGGAUGCGGCGUACUAUGGAUAUGCGCCUGAUGAGGAGGAUGAGGAGUUGUUGGCUUAUGAGGCUGAGAAGGAGAGACAGGCUACUGAGCAUAUGAUCAAGACAGGAUCUCAGGAUGUGCCGGAGGGAUGGGAGCCUUUGCCCGGAGACGGUGGCGAUGGUGUUACAUGGGAUUUGCCGACUUUGGAGGAGGUGCAGGAGGAGUUGAUUGAGAGACGGAGGAGAAAGCUGUUGGAGCAGCUAUAA